UAGACAGUUGUUUCCGUGGAGGCUGCAUUCUUGGAAGAACCAUUUCCGGUUCGAUUUAAAAAAGCCGAAUGUUUACUUCCGGUGGCGGGGCUGGUGACAGAUUGUAUGAAUUCAUCAGUCUCCGUUCAGCCUGUGCAGUGCACAGAGGAUGCUGUCUGGCAGGCUUUAUGCACCUUACCCCGUGGACUGGCCCUUGGCCCCUCUUUGUCACAGAGGGAGGGCCUGGGCUUGUGGUGUGUUGGGGAUCAUUUGCCCGCUGGCACAUUCCUUCCUCCGCCCAUUCAUGGAACUGGAGAUGGCUUAUUGGAUAAUCAGGAAACCCAAACUUCAUUGCUACCAGAAACUGUACUUAAGUGGGCGAGGUUUGCAAGAAGUAGCCCAAAACAUGUGAAUGUGAGAUUCUGCGAUCUCAAUGGAAGUCUGCAUCUCCAGGUCAUCUCGCCAAUUCAGCCAGGUUCCGAAUUGUUAAUGCCACAAGAGGAUAAUGGCGAUUGCACUGAAGAAACUGAACAUAUUAAUGAAACGAAAAGUGAACCUGUUCCAUCCACCAAAACUGAGUCUAGUGAUUCCAUUCCCAAAGACUCUGUCAUGUCACUGAUGGAGACUGGAGGUGAUGAACGAACAAAGCCUAUCAAAGAAAUAUCAGUCAGUACAAAAUCUCCAUUAUCCCUGCAGCCUGAAGAACUGGUUGUAACGCCACAUCCAAAGGGAUCUUCUUCUUUAGGGACCCCAGAGAUUGAGAGGACAGAGCCAGCAGUGACACUAGAAGCUGAAGCAAUUUCACCACUUGUGCCAGAGCCAGAAGGAGCCAAACUGUCACUAAAUACAGACUCAAUGACUGCCAUUGAGGGGACCGCACUCGAGCAGAGUAGUGCAGUAAAGACCAAGGAUACAGAACCGACUGAUGCGGCUCACUCAGAUGAUAUGAAGGAGGCAGCAUAUGAUAACAAACAUGUGAACGGCAGUCAGGAUGGGACAAAUUGUCAGGCUUCUAGUAUCCUUUUAUCCAGGUCCAUCAAAGGUUCUGGAAGGGAGAGCAAGACCAGGAAUACAGACAGUAAAAAGAAGACAACUGAGAAAGGGAAGAGCAAACUAAGAGAAAGCAAAGCAAAUGUAGAUGUUGACAAACCAAAGAUGACAACUCUGAGUAAGGCAGUGAAGCGGCAGUGCUCCCCUACUCCAGUAAAAAGCAGUGAUAACCCAGCUAAGAUCUCCAGAUUAGAAGGAAAUGAAGAAGAUGACAAUUCUAAAGAUAUAAAAAAUGAGCGUGUUGGUAAGAGCGCAAAACUAAAGGCACCAUCGGAACGCAAGUUCCAUUGUCCAGACUGCAAUAAAAGCUUCAGCCAGAUAGGCCAUCUACGGCGACACAGUUUUAUUCACAGUGGCCACAAGCCAUUCCUCUGCACAGAGUGUGGCAAAGCCUACUGCUCAGAGGAGAGCUUUAAAGCCCACCUUUUAGGCCACCAGGGUCUCCGUCCUUUUAAAUGCACACUCUGUGAUAAAGCAUAUGGCACACAACGUGACUUGAAAGAGCAUGCUGUGCUCCAUACAGGGCAAAGGCCUUACCGUUGUGAGGACUGCGGUAAAAGCUUUGCCCGCCGUCCUACUUUACGUAUCCAUCGUAAGAAUUAUUGCACUCCAAGGACUGACGACACAAAAACUCCUCUCCUUUGCACAGUGUGCAACAAGCAGCUUGCCAACAGUUGCUCAUUGCGCAACCACAUGCUCGUACACACAGGGGAAAAACCUUAUACGUGUCCAGACUGUGGCAGUACCUUCCGCCACAAGGGGAACUUGCGGAUUCACCAGCGCCUUCAUACUGGUGAAAAGCCCUACAAGUGCCAGUUCUGUGGAGAUUCGUUUCCCCAGCAGCCUGAGCUAAAGCGGCACUUGAUCCUGCACACAGGAGAAAUGCACUUGUGUACUGUCUGCGGCAAGGCAUUAAAAGACCCCCAUACUUUGCGUGCCCACGAGCGCCUUCAUGCAGGCGACCGCCCAUUCAUAUGCCAGUAUUGUGGCAAAUCCUACCCCAUUGCUACCAAGCUCCGGCGCCACCUAAAAUCCCACCUGGAAGACAAACCAUUUCGCUGCCACCUAUGUGGCAUGGGCUAUAAUCUGCAGCACAGUUUUAAGCGCCAUUUGCACAGCCACAGAGAUCAGGAACUGAAAGAGGAUUCUGCUACAGAGUCGGUGGCGGAGCACACGCUAGUUUUGCUGCAGUUAGUUGAGCCAGAGGGAUCUGCUGAGAACUCAAACAGGAUACUGAUUACAGACUUUGCAGAGAGCUCUGAAGCAGAUCAUUCACACAAUACCUCGGCACUACUUCUUCCACUGAACUCUGAAAUGUUAGAAGUCUCUGCAGGAGCCAAUUACCAUGGAGGGAUUCUGCAGAGGGAGCAUGGCCCUGGAAUAAUACUGGUUCCUCAGGCACUGGAAUUCAGCACUGUGAUAGAGGAGGUGGAGGUUGAAUGCCAUGUAUAAAACUUGUCUCUAUAAAAAAAAAAAAAAAA